CCCGGACCACUUCCUCCUUCUGCAGCUCACGACUAGAUCUGUGCCAUAUCUGUUAGAAACGGUUUAAAAAUAGGCCAGCAGCCACAACUGGAAUCUGUCUGCCAGUCGAGUCGAUCAUGGAUAAAUAGAUGAUGAUAGCUUGCUUUGAUAAGAUAGAUAGAAAGAUAGACGAACAAACGGUCAAUCGAACGGGAACUAAUCAACCGCCGUCCCCGCCCACUAGAAAGAGGGAAAAGAAAAGAAACAGAAAAGAAAAGAAAGAAAAAAAGGAUCGUUGUUAUUAUUAUUAUUAUUGUUAUUAUUAUGAUAUACAGCUAGCUGAUUUCGAUCGUAUUUUGAACAUGUACGAACGAGUAUACGUAUGUUCAUACGCAACAAACAUGUGCAGAUGUAUAUAAGAUAUGUACAAAUAUUCACAACUAUAAUGGUAAAAUAGAGCGCUUCUCAUCACAUCGACAGACAUUUAUUUACCAAAUUUCCAACUGGACUUUAAUGUACCCCUUUUUUUUAAAAAUCAUUUGGACAGAGUGUGUUGACCAAGGAGACUACCUCUGGUUUGGAAAAAUCAAAAGGUUUUGGAGCUAAAGGUUCUCGAAAAUUGAUGUGGAAAUGGACAGUUUGAAGGUAAAUCCAUGCUGCAUUGAAGUUUUAGAACAAGUGUUGGCCAUUCUCAAGAAACAUGUUUCCAACGUUGAAACUGAAAGUGAAUUUCCAAAUGAUUUAAAAAAUGAAAGUCAACAUAGAACAGGGAUUGCUUCCCAACUGGGGACACUCCCUGUUCAUAAUCGAACUAUUAACCACCACCACACAUUAUCAAAAACACAAAUCUUACAAUCCAACAGAUCUAAAGAAAAUCAUUCAGAAAAUCAGCUACGGUUCAUAUCCAAACCAAAUGUAAACAAAGAGGCGUUUUUAAUAAAAGCCACAACUCAACUUCCCACUACUUCUAGUAACCAUAGCAAUGCUGUACAAUCGAGAAACCGGCGGAUAUCAGCUCCAUUACAAGUCACACCAAAAAUUCCAUCCCAUCAAGUAGUCAAGAGACCAGUGUCUGCUAGCACAAUGAAGGUAUCAACAGUGACGUCUCCAAAGACGUUUAUUCGAGAACAAUCUGUACCUUUCCAAGACAGUCUGCAUUUGAAAACUACGUUAAACAAUGGACCAGAAGUCUCACACAUCAGCACUCAGAAUUAUUGUUUGAACAGCCAAGUGUCGUCUAAGUCUGUGUCCCAAAUUACUCCAACACCAAGAACAACAACAGAACAAGGAAAACCAAAAGAAGUUGAGUUGAUAUCAGGGCUUGGAGUGAAUAUUCUUGAAGAUGAGUUAACGCGAAUCCAAUUCAAUGCCACAACUGCUAAUGACCCAGCAAUCCUGGUCAUAGCUCUCCUUCAGCAUUUCUUUUCAGACGAAGUCCUAGCGAGGUCUACAGCCACUUCAUGCAGGGGUAAGGGCCGUGCUAAACAUUCCACAUCACAACCUCUGAAUCAACAAAUAAUGGAAGCCAUAAGACGGUUUUCUGUUUUAUAUUCUCGAAAGAUAAACCGAUCUUUGACGGAGACGCAAGUCAAUCGCAUCACUGCUAAUAAAAUAGGAACGGCGAAAAUGGCACUGAAAAGACGCAGUGAAGAAAACUCACUUGUAUCUAGAGGACCCCGUUUUGGUAAGAUAUCACGAAAUUCUGAAAGCGUUAAGCCCAAGGAAAUCAUUGUACCAACAGACGAAGAUCUUAAUUUUGUUAUCAAAGUUGAGAAGGAUAAUGACUUUUAGAUGAUUGAAUCAUUUAUUUUGAUCAUUUACUUAUAAAAUUACUAUAUUUUUCAGGAAAUAUGUAAAAUAAAACAAUAUUUUUAAUAAAAUAAACUUGUUUUAUUUUUUC